AUGAGAGCCCUGCCCUUGUGGGUCCUGAUAGCAUCUCGCCCUAACUAUAUGAGAGCCCAGCCCUUGUGGAUCCUUAUAGCAUCUCGCCCUAACUAUAUGAGAGCCCAGCCCUUGUGGAUCCUGAUAGCAUCUCGCCCUAACUAUAUGAGAGCCCUGCCCUUGUGGGUCCUGAUAGGAUCUCGCCCUAACUACAUGAGAGCCCUGCCCUUGUGGGUCCUGAUAGCAUCUCGCCCUAUCUACAUGGGAGCCUAUAUGAAAGCCCUGCCCUUGUGGGUCCUGAUAGAAUCUCGCCCUAACUAUAUGAGUGCCCUGCCCUUGUGGAUCCUGAUAGCAUCUCGCCCUAACUAUAUGAGAGUCCUGCCCUUGUGGGUCCUGAUAGCAUCUCGCCCUAACUACAUGAGAGCCCUGCCCUUGUGGGUCCUGAUAGCAUCUCGCCCUAACUACAUGAGAGCCCUGCCCUUGUGGGUCCUGAUAGCAUCUCGCCCUAACUACAUGAGAGCCCUGCCCUUGUGGGUCCUGAUAGCAUCUCGCCCUAACUACAUGAGAGCCCUGCCCUUGUGGGUCCUGAUAGCAUCUCGCCCUAACUACAUGAGAGCCCUGCCCUUGUGA